GGAUCACGGCUUCGCUCGCUUCUCUUUUUCUUAAGAUUCACCGACCCUUGCGAAGCGGAAGUCUCCGUCUUGACGACGGCUUUCGGUGUCCGAACCCUAGCAAUCCCCCCUCCAAUAUUGCCCUAAUUGUCCCCAGAUUCCGAUCCGAUCGCCGGCCGGCGAUUGCUGGCUUCUUGUGUUUGGUCCCAAUUAGGGCUUGGCUGCCGUUGCCCCAAUUCGGUCGAUGCCCUCGCCCCGGUUGGAGGUUCCGCUUGUUCGUCAAUACGCCUCCUGAAUUUCGUUGAUUUGGCUUCGGGAAUGAUUUAUGCGGAGGUGCUCCAACGUGUUCGCUGUCUUCUUCUGGUCAGCUCUUCGAUCUAAUUCGCUGAAUUUUUGCUGAAAAACUUGAUUUUUCAUCGAUUGAAUUCUUGCUGUUCUUGAGGGGUUGGAGCUCGCGGUUCUCGAGGAUGCCUCAGAAUGUCGUGUUAGUUUCAAAAGUCAUCGUUUGAUCUAUUGUUUGGACUUGUCAUCCUAUUUAGCAUACUGUUCUUGUGUAAUUCUUGGGAAUUCUGUUUGGAAGUUAUAUUUUUUCUGCAUUGGGAUUUGUUGGUUAUGAGAGAAUUCCGGUGAAAUGGCUGGAAGCAUGCGGGCGGAGCUGGCAUCCAGCAGUCUCGAUGGCUCGACCUUUUCUGCUACUUAUCCGACAGGGCAGCGAGGGUCUUACUCUGGUGCCAGUUUGGAUAGGUCUGGUAGUUUCCGUGAGAGCUUAGAGAACCGCAUUAUGGCCUCUGGGCCUGGCGCAUCAAGAACUUCAUCUCCUACAGUUGAUGUCCCGCCUCCCUCGCAGCAUCUGUUACUUGAUACAAUCUCCAUGAGUGAGCCAAAGUAUCCUCGUACAGGAGAACUAAGAAGGGUUCUUGGUGUUUCUCUUGAGGAGCAUUCUUUUGGGUCAGUUCAAUCAAAGCCUAUUCCUCCCAUAGCAUUGGAGGAGCUUAAACGUUUUAAAGCGAGCUUGCUAGAAAGUUCUUUGAGAGCAAGGGAUAGAGCAAAACUCUUGAAUGACUCCAUUGUGAAGUUGGAAAAGUAUCGUAGUCUAUUUCCUCGGAAACGGCAACGAAAUGAGACACCAUUAGUGGAAAAACCAGGUGGUCCAAGUUUGUUGAAGACGGGGAAUCAAGUUCAUCAAAGUCCUCCAGACCUUGUUGUUCAAAGAUCAGAGGAGAGGGCUAAAAACAUCAUUCCAAAUAAACGUGCCCGGUCAUCAAUUGCAGAUCUUCGGUCAGAAGGGCGUGGUAAUGUUUCUCUAAGGCAAGGCACACUCUUGGACAAGGAAAAAAAUAUGGUCUUAGAUAAGGAUAAAAAUAUACUUCGGACUUGCAAUGGCGGCUCAGUUACUUCUGAUGAUAAGAUUUCUGGAUUUUCAGCUGGAGGGGACCCUUGGGAUAAAAAAAUGAAAAGAAAACGAUCAGUUGGCAUGAUGGUGUCUAGAACUAUUGAUGCUGAUCGAGAGCUUAAACCAAUCAUCCAACAAAGGCCUGGUAGUGAACCUCAUCCGCGGCCUUCUGAAGGAACUAGUUUCAGAGGUGGGCCAUCUAAUGGCAACAUGGGAAGUGCCAAGAUGGAUGGAAAUCUCCAGUUAAAUGGUGGAAAUUCACGCGUCACCUCUAGAAACGACAUGGACAUUGGUUCCCUUCUGAGGGAGAGAAAAGAAUGCACUGUUGGACAGGAGAAGGAACGGAUAAUUACAAAGGGAAGCAAUAAGUUAAACAUUCGUGAGGACUCUCAGGUGGGAAGCCAAAAUCCUUUGACAAAAGGAAAGGCAUCUAGGGCUCCGAGAAGUGGUCUUUUGAUAAACUCUUCUAACUUCCCUCGUACAAUGGGAGGUAAUGAUGGAUGGGAACAAACCCCUUCCUUAAGCAAAGUCCAGUCUUUGUCUGGGCCUGUUAACCGUAAGCGUCCCUUGCCUACAGGAUCAGCUUCCUCUCCUGUAGCUCAGUGGGUGGGUCAACGGCCUCAAAAGAUGUCCCGCACUAGGAGGACUAAUGUAGUUUCCCCUGUCUCUAAUCUUGAUGAAACUCAGACAUCAACUGACAGUUUUUCUGGUGCUGAUGUUGGAGCUAGAUUAACACCUACUGAAUCAUCAGGGCUUUUGCUUGCUAGGGGUGUAGCUAGUAGUGGGCAACUAAUAAAAGUAAAGUUUGAGAAUAUCGCAUCACCAGCUGGCUUUUCUGAGAGUGAAGAAUCAGGUGCAAUGGACAACAAGUCCAAGGAUAAAGAAAUUGAAAAUGGUGAUACUGAGGAUGGCGGCAUGAGUUCAGGUCAUAGGGUAUCGACACUUAUCUUGCCUACAAAGAAGAACAAGCUAUCAUUAAAAGAAGAAAGUGGAGAUGGAAUUCGAAGACAGGGCAGGAGUGGAAGAAGUUCUAUGCAGUCAAAAGCUGGUUUACCGUUGAUGAAAGAGAAACUGGAAAUUGGAGAGACCAAUAAGCCACUCAGAAGUGGAAGGCCUGGUUCGGAUAGGAGUGAAAGUAGGAUUGGUCGCCCUCCUUCGAAGAAGGCAUCUGACCGCAAAGUUCAUGGACGUCCGAUGCAAAUUAUGUGUAGUAUUUCUGCAGACUUGGCAGGUGAAUUGAAUGAUGAUCAUGAAGAAUUGCUGAUAGCUGCAAAUGCUGCUCGGAAUGCUAGUUAUUCCGCAUGUUCUAGUUCUUUCUGGAAGAAGGUGGAACCAUUAUUUUCUUUCAUUAACAUAAAAGAUAUAGACUAUGUAAAGCAGCAGAUAAAUUUUGUGGAGCAGCUUGAUGAAACGUCCACUGUGCUUGAUGAGAGUCACAAUGAAAUGGGUGAUCCUGCUUCUGCAGAAAUGCAGCUGCCUCAUGUGUCUUUUUCUUCACAACAUGGAAGUAACCCAAAUAUUGCCAGAAGUAACAAGACAUCAGUUGUGGUUGGUUCAGAUGAUUCAUGUGCUGUCCAGACAGUAUCUGGAAAGUUUGAAACGCAAAGGUGGUUUGAAAAGAUCAUUCCUCUCUCGCAAAGGCUUCUGUCUGCUUUUGUUGUAGAAUAUGGAAUGGAAAAUUGUGACUUUGGCACUGAGCAAGGAGACCCAUUGUAUCAAUACUCGAGCAGUUAUUCUCCUUUUUGUACUAACAACUUUGCUGAAGAUGGCAACAAAGAGGCUGAUUUUAUGAAAGCUGAACAUAAAUUGGAAAUUAAUUUUGAUAGAGAUGCUUUUCCUUGCAAUGGGCAUGCUAGGGGUAGUAAAGUUGGAUGUCUGAACGUCCAGAAUCAUGUGCCUAUUGACAAAGUGGUUCAUGAAAAUGGUGUCAACUCUCAUUCAGAUAAUCGUUCUUUUGUUGAAUCCCCUCAAACUAAUUUGGAUCAGCUGCAAGCUUUAAGUGGUGGUUUUUCUGCUAUGCCAAAUGGUUGUCACUACGAACAGAUGUCUUUGGAUGAAAGGAUCUUGAUGGAACUUCACAGUAUAGAUCUAUACCCUGAGACAGUACCUGAGCUUGCAGAAGGGGAUGAUGAUGAGAUUGGUAAAGAUAUAAUGGAACUUAAGAUAAGACUUUAUCAACAGGUGAGCAAAACAAAAAGACAGCUGCAUGUGUUAGAGAAAGCUAUUCAAGAUGCCAAAGAAAUAGAAAAGAAGAAAGUGGAACAGAUUGCAAUGAACAAAGUCGUUGACAUGGCUUACAAAAAAUUAAUGGGUGGUCGAGGAGCAUAUGGUUCAAGCCAUAAGAGUGGUGCUAGUAAGGUCUCAAAGCAACUUGCAAUGGCUUUUGCGAUGCGAACUCUUGCAAGAUGCAAGAAAUUUGAGGAAACAGGCCAAAGCUGCUUCAGUGAGCCUUCCUUGCAUGAGGUGAUCUCGGCACCUCCUGAUUGCAGUGAUGGAAAACAUUUGGAACCUCGUAAUGGUCCAAUAACUUCUCGAGUAUCAGGUUCUAUGUCAAAUCUGAUUGAGAGAAAUGGACUUGUUACCAAACAUGACAGAGGAAUAUUGGAUCCAUUUCAAAGUCCCACUCAUAUACCUCAGCAUACUUCUGUUAAGCCUGAUUUGGUUUCUAGCAAAGGAAAGAGGAGAGAGGUCCUGCUUGAUGAUGUAGUUACUGGUGCUGCUUCAAGAGCCACAUCCACUCUUGGCCAUACUCUGCCUGGGGGUGUAAAAGGGAAGAGGACUGAGAGAGAGAGGGAUCCAAAUAAAGAUGCAAUGACAAGAAAUUCUUCUGCCAAAACUGGCCGUCAGUUUACCAAUGGCAGGGGUGAACGUAAAACAAAAUCAAAGCCAAAGCAAAAGAUAUCUCAGUUAUCAACUCCAGGGCAUGGCCUUCUUGGAAGGGUUGCGGAAUCAAUGAAUACUGUCUUGCCUUCAAUGCGAGAUGUAUCUGAACCCGUGAAAAAUAGCAGCAGUAGAGUAAAUCCUGGUGUUGAAUUGCCAUCUUCUGGUGGCAUUCCUCAGGAUUUAUCUAAAGAAUUAGAGGACAACAUUUUCACAAACUUGCCAUUACAUGGAAUAGACUCUAUAGAUGACCUGGAUGUUGAGCAAGGUCAGGAUAUUGGGGCUUGGUUAAAUGUUGAUGAAGACGCGCUGCAAGGCCAUGACCUGGUUGGCCUUGAAAUUCCCAUGGAUGAUCUUUCAGAAAUUAAAUUGAAUUUUUGAUGAGAUCCAAACAAUACCUCUGUGCAUAUUCGAGAAAUCUAGAUCAGAAUUGCUAGCUUUUAGGAUACAGCUAACUAAUUACAAUGUUUACCUCAGGCAGAUUAGGGUUUGUAACUAGGUAAAAUUCAUUCUUUUGUAUACCUUUGACCUUUCCAAAGUUGUUGGCAGUCCUAAUUGUGUUCUGUCACUUGAGUAGUCUUUGUACCAAUUACAAUCUUAUUUUUAAAUGAGCAUUGGUAGCAUUUUAAUUAUCAU